ACUGAGAGAGACUUCUAGUGGAAACGUUUGCCAUUGAAUUUACACUGAAGACGCUGAGAGAGACUUCUAGUGGAAAUGUUUGCCAUUGAAUUUACACUGAAGACGCUGAGAAAGACUUCUAGUGGAAACGUUUGUCAUUGAAAUUAUUCUAAAGACGCUGAAAAGUUGUUUUUUUUUCACUUCGUCUCGUCGCGGGUGCUGUUUUCUCUUUGCAGCCUCUGAAAUCGCUCCCGCAACGCGGACACACACACACACAAACAAAAUGUCGUCUUUCCGACGUCAGUUCAAGAACCUGGUGAAGAAAUACUCGGAGGCCGAGAUCAAGGUGCGAGAGGCGACUUCCAACGACCCCUGGGGCCCGUCCAGCUCGCUGAUGUCCGAGAUCGCCGAUCUGACCUACAGCGUCUCCGGGCUGGCGGAGAUCACCGCCGCGCUGUGGGAGAGGCUGAGCCACGGGGGGCGGAGCUGGCGUCACGUGUUCAAGUCCCUCCUCCUCCUGGACUACCUGCUCCGCGCCGGCUCCGAGAGAGUGGCUCAACAGGCCAGGGAGCACGGCGCCUGCAUCCGGGACCUCCAGCGAUUCCACUACAUCGACCCGGACGGCAAGGACCAGGGUCUCUCUGUGCGCGUGAAGGCCCGUCAGGUGGAGCAGCUGCUGUCGGAUGAGGCGGCCCUUCAGAGAGGGAGAGAAGCGGCCCUCAGGACCAGACAGAGGCUGGCCGUGGGACUGAAGAGCGGGGACAGGGACAGAGAGAGGGACAGAGCACAGUUCCACUGCCCAGGCUGUCCGAUGGCAGAGCUGAGACUAGGAGAGAUCUGUCCUCAAUCCAAACCCGAAGAGGAAAUGCAGCUGCAGAUCACAUUGGCUGAAAGCACAGAGGAGCAGGAGCAGCAAACGGAGAGUCAGGACUCUGUUCUGUCGCCCCCAUCCCAGAUGAGCAGUGACCCCUGGGAGCACACUCUGAUGCAGGCAGACAAUGACCCGUGGAGACCAGCAGCUCCUAAAAAGUUGCAGAAGUUUCUUCUCAAAUGUUACGGCUAA